CUCCCCAAUGCGCCUGCUGCAGCUGAGAGUUGUUUGGGACGGGAGUCGGUCUAUCGCUAGCUGCAGCACAAGGCCCAUCCUUGCCUUGAGAGCCACUGUUUACUUUCGACGCGCGACAUCUCCCUCGCCCGGUCCGCCCAACGCGACCUCCAGUCUCCGACUACAUCACGACCACCUCACGACGCGACGACAUGACGACUUAGCCCACCCCGAUAUCGACAGUACUUCCCCAGCACUUCUCCGCCAGCAGUGCCCACUCCGAGCAUAAUUCCGCGCAUGAGGGCCGUCUGAUCAUGGCCACAGUCAUUGCGGCACCGCCUGCCCUGUCAGGGGAGCUUUCGCUCUUCCACACCACAGAUCCAUUGCUCGGCAACUCGCCCGUGUUGGUCUUCCAUGGGCCCGCUGCCACCAUUGGCGCAACGAGUUCGCGCAUUCAGGUACACAUCUUCACUCCGGCCGGUCUGGGCUCAUAUGCGCGGCUAUCAGUUUCGCCGAACUCGCCAUUCUAUUCGGCUGUCAUCAAUCUGCCGCGGGAAGAGCAAGGGGACGAAGUUUGUCGCGGUCUAGCUUUUGGUCUGAAGAAGUACUUUUCCGAAUUGGGCGAGAUUGUGAAGAAGACAUGGACAGCACAGGUCAAGGCACCUUCGCCUGGCGCAUUGUUCGGGGAUGAUCAUAUUGCCAUUCUUGCAACGCGAAUGACGAGAAUCGAGAAUGUGAAUGCAGUAAUUGGAGAGCUGCUCGACGCGUUUUGCGAGCAGAGACUCUCAUGGCUGGAUGUGGAUGUUGUACUACCACCAGGAACGAUCAAGGAGAGACCUGAUUCAGCUGGCUCUGAAGAUCUCACCGAUCACGAAUUGCUGCAACGACAAUAUGGGCGAUACGCAGACCUAAUCGCGACUUUUGGCGAGGUCGCCUUCCUGCCGACGUCGAGAGUCAAGCGAGCACCUUCGAGAGCGAAUGCGAUUGGCAGGAGUAAUUCAUUCUUGAAGUCGGCCAAAGAGAACGCCCGCAAGCAGUUGGCCGAGCUGGUCACUACUGAAGAGAGUUAUGUGAAUCGUUUGGAGCAGCUCCAGGACCUGACGAGCAACAUUGGUGCGGAUCUCAAAGCUCGCCAUCAGCAGACAUUGGCUGAUGUGUUCUCACCCGCACUUCCAACAAUACAUGAGCUGAAUUCGGCUUUUCUCGAGGCGCUGCGGAGUGUCGUGGACGGAACAGAUUCGGCAGCCAACGAGGAUAUCGACAAUUCUCUCGACGAAGCAUCUGCCACGGACCAUGUCGAGGGCGACUCUCAAGGUCUGGAACAGUUUGCGCAAUGUCUUUGCGAGUGGUUCCCAAAGUUUUCCGACUCGUACAAGGAGUAUCUUGGGAGUCAUGCACAGGCUUCGUUCACAUUGCGGACUAUUCUACGUACUGGCGACUCCCUCGCGCUUGCAUUGCAGGAAAUUGGCGAGCAGAAGCUGACUUCUCUGCUCAUUGAGCCCGUCCAACGUUUGCCACGCUACAAUCUUUACAUUGACAGUAUAGCCAAGAGUCUGCCGAUCAAGCACCCGGCCUUGAAAACAUUGCUUCGCGCCCGCGACAUGAUAACGGACAUUUGCGCCGAGAAUGAGGGCACAGAGGCUACUGCGAUGGUUGACCGUCUUCGCUCGCGGAGUUUAGGCUGGCCGCUAGACAUCAACGUUACUGGCCGUCUAGUCACGGCUGUUGACUUCAUUGAGCUAAUGCCGCCUUACGGCUUCGUCAACUGUGAUGGUGCGGCCGGCAUCAUGUUCCUGUUCACGGACGGCAUCAUCAUAGUCGAAAAGUCUCCCGGCUCAAAGGCUUCUGCUCGAUCACUGCUCACAGAAAUUGAGAGCGGGCCGAUGCCCAGCAAAUCCGUGGAAAGUCUGACAGAUGGCGUGGGAGACCUUCACUUUGUGCGAAGGUUGCAACUCGAUGCUUUACAGCUGACUGAGAGUCAUGACGGUCAUGCGUUGCAACUGAUGACGUUUUUCCAGCUCGGUAUGGGUGCACUGGCGCCCCAGGAGCCUAUUUUGGACUCGUGCCAGGUUCUUCGACUAGAGAACUCAUACGACGGCAGAGCUGCAAGAUUGAUUGAGGAAGUUGCAAAAGCGAGGAUCGAACAUCGUUUCUCAGAAGCAGAACGGGAAUCCAGUCUAUGGGAGAUUCGCGCAACAGAGCCCGCAACGGACACUCUUGGGCUUCUGGGUGCUAUUUUUGAGGAUUCGAAGACCGAGUAUGUCAGCACGCGGAAUACAAAGGCGGCGGUACGUGUUGUAGUUGAUCCCGAGAGACAUUCUGCGCAAGCGCAACCCGGCCAAGAUGGCAUCCAGGUUGUCGUCCAUCUAGCUCCGCAUCGAGAUGAAGACUGGCGACUCACUGUGGAUUCAGCAGGAGGUAGCAUUGGUCGCGAACAUGUCGAUACGCCUGACCUUGUUCCAGCUCUGCGUCGGAAGAUCGCCGCGGCUUCCAGUGUCCGCUUUGCAGUGGAACAGCCAUCAAUGGCGGCUUGUCUGCUUUUACGCAACCUGGACAUAUUGCAGUCACUUCUACUCCAGACCUCUGCGCAGGACGGCGAGCUGAGGCAAGUGCAACUUGCGCCUCGGGAACGAGCACAUCGGCCCAAAUCGCCCAGGAAACUACUGUCGAGCUUCCUGUCAAAUGUUGGCCCUGGAGGCGAGCCGCCCACACUUCUGCAGAAACCAAUGCCUGGUAUGGGAUCAAUGACGAGCAUUCCACGGCUGCCCAGCAAUGCUUCAUCGCACAAGCCAGGCAGCCGCGAAGGGAGACCAUCGUCAAAGGAAGGCCAGCCGCUUUUCUCGCCAUUCUCACCUCCUAGCGAUAUGGCCGCCUCUCAACUGAAGAAGAUUGAAGAUACACUAUCGGCUUACGUGCUGGCGAUACAAGCUCGCAAGGGCAACAUCGUUGGCAAAAAUCUCAAGCUUCGACACGUGGCAGACGAGGCCUCGGUCGGCGAGCUCUAUGGCGGACUUCUCGAUGAUCCGAACAUGAUGGUGCUUGCUGCCCAAGCGCCACUCGAUGUACUGUUUGCUGCGUUCGAGAGGUUCCUCAAUCAGGCCUGGAGAGAGCGUAUCGGCCAGGUCAUGCCGUUCUCUGUCUUCCAGGACAUCCAAGCCAAAGCCGAGACUGCGUUCCCAAGCGAGUUCGAUGACUACUUCAAGUCAUGUAUGGCCAGGCUCGCACCUCAAAAUCAGCGUGCUUUCAAAUCAAUACUCAAGCUUUUGGCCGAUCUGCUUGACGGGACUGGCAAUGACGGCGACAGGGGCGCUUUGACUGCCUGCUUCGCCGAGCUUCUGGUUACUGACGGCAAUCCCCACGACUAUAUUGCUCUCAUUGAUCGAUUUGUGGACGACACAGACACCUACUUUGGCGAAUCAGUCGAUACCAGCUUUUUGCAAAGCUACAAGGACUCCGGAUCUUUCAACUCACACAAGAGGACGCGCUCGCACAACUCUGCGUCCAUGACAAGCAACACCUCUUCACUCCGCCGCAAGUUCGGUUUUGGCACGCUGAGCCGGGAAAACAGCAAGUCUGAGCAGGAGUCCAAAGUUUCGUCGGUGUGGCGCACCCUCAGCAAGAGCACACGAGUCGAUCAGAGCCCAGCAAAUAGUAUCUCGAAAGGCUCUUUCGGUCGCUCGCGCUCAAUCGACACCGAUGCUGCUAGUCUCGGCUACAGACCGCCUUCACAAGACAGCGCCAAGGUCUCCAAUGCAUCAAUCAACGAAUUACCGAACCUGCAGCGAACGCCUAGUAGCCACAACAUCGGCCUGUCCACGAUAGGCGAGCAUCCAAGCUUCAUCCCGACUGGUCCUCCUCGGAAGAAGCGGCGUAGUUCGCUCUCUGAUCUCAAGGAGCUUUCGCCAAAGCGGGACCGGGAGCCUUUGUCGCCUAUUACUCCACGAAGAACACCGAUCACGCAGAAGACGUUGGACGAGAAGCAGCUGCCGACUUCCCCCGUGCCCUCUACGCCAUCUGCUCCAUCUUCACGCGAUGGCACUCAAAGAUUUGGUAGCCCAUCGCUGAAGUCGCCACGUUCGCGCCUGCCCGCCUCAUUUCGACGAGACCUUUCGCCCGGCCCAAGCAAGAUACUGUCUGGCGAACCGCCACAGCUGCCGCGUCCACAACUUGGUCGGUCCAAAACCGACGGCACAGACCUUGAGCGACCAAAGACAAGUGGUGAUCGCCCCGAGGAGUUGAUCAUCACUGCUCGCCCGACUUCGAAUAUUCCCAGUCUUGUGCCAAGAGCUUCGUCGCCAGCAAAGACGCGACCUCAGACACCAGGUCGCGCCGGUCUUUCCGAGCGACCUGGAGCUGGCAAUAUCGUGAAGAAACCAUCACCCAAAGCUGAGAAGACUGGUCGCGCACGCAGUACAACCAUCGACGUGCCAGCAGCCACUACCUCUCCUCGCAAGCUUCGCAUGCAAUCGCCUCAAAAGCUCAGAGAACGUCUCCAGAACGAACAGUCAGCUAUCGCAGCAGCUCAGACCUCUCUACAAGACGAGCUAAGUAAGAUUGGCGAUGAGCUCACCAGCACUCCAUCAAGCCGUACACCAGCCAACCGCAGCCGUACCGUGGCCGCGGGUCGAGGCUCCUUCUCGCAGGGUACCUCAAACAUGGAUCUCGUGCAACGUGUUCUCAAACUCGAAGGUGCCGUACCGAAGCAGUUUGAUGAGUUGAACCAUCGUAUCAGCACCAUCCAGCACGACCUCACGUCUUCGUUGAGCGUUUCGGAGACGAAGUGCAAGAAACUCGAUGAGCUGUAUCGCGAGGCGAAUGGCGAGAACGAAGCGCUGUACUCACGUUUCAACGACGAGCUUGCCAGAGUGCUGAAGGCUGUACGAGGGGGAGAGGGCGUCGAAGAGCUGAAGAGGAAGCUAAAAGAGGUUAGUGAUGAGGCGGUGAAGUUGAGACGAGAGACGAGUCGGUUGAAGAGGGAGAACGUGGGUUUGAGGUCGCAGCUGAAGGAAUGAACGGCGUAGCUUUCCCCUCUUCUCCAUGUAUGGGUUCUGCGUUUGAGCGAACGAUUCCCCAGGUCUUCUUUGGGUUUGCUUUUGGCGCGCUGUUGUGCUUAUGAGGGAUGAUGAUACACCAUGGCGGCAAGGGAAAGGCAUUGCUUGGAGUAAGCUUUGAUAAUCUGCAGUUUU